AUUAAUCAAGAAAAACAAAAUAUUACCAUACCAUUUACAUUUUGGCGGUGAUGAUUCCACUUCAGUGGAUAAGAUAGUUCUAACUCGUAUACAAGAAUUCCCUCUCCAAAACUCACCAAUUUUUUUUGGCAAUUCCGAGCUAAACACUUGGAAUUUAUUUUUUCCUCUUCACACAAUCAAACCCUGAUUGCCCGAUUCCGAUGUUGGCGAGAUCCAAUUGACUACUGAAUUCCCAUAGAAUUUCGUUUCGAAUUCUGCGGCAAUGAACUUAUCGGCGAGUUUUGGCGGGAAUCUCGUCCUUCCCGUUUCUCGCUGUGAUUCUUGCAGUCGAGUUUGCUUUUUGUCUCCUGCGACAGUGGGAUGGAAGUUGAGCUCUCGCUGCUUGUUGAGGAAAAAUAUGAGGGUAAUUAGGAGAGUUAGUGAGACAGAGGAGCAGCCUGAGAGUAAUAACGAGGAGGAAAGAAACUCUCAUGGAGAAGAAGGAUUUGUGGCGAGUGAUUCAACUGUCUCGAAUGAGUCCAAGCAGGAUUCUCAGAAUGCGGAUAACAAUCAAUCGGCUGAGUCGGGCAUCUUUGAGACGAAAGACCUGGUAAACAAUGUUGCCGAUGGAACCAGUGACGCCCAAGUCAAAAGUGAGGAUGAUAAAGAUGUUCAAAUUACGAGUGGGUCGCCUCUUCCAGGUCUGAAGCAGCAAGAGUUUGAUGAAUCAAUAAGAAUUUCAAAGGAAACCAUUGAUGUCCUGAAGGAUCAGAUUUUUGGUUUUGACACAUUCUUCAUAACCAGCCAGGAACCCUAUGAAGGUGGCGUGCUAUUCAAGGGAAACCUACGAGGACAAGCUGCCAAAAGUUAUGAGAAAAUAGCAACGAGAAUGGAAGACAAGUUUGGAGAUCUGUAUAAAUUGUUCCUUCUAAUUAAUCCGGAGGAUGAUAAACCUGUAGCGGUUGUGGUACCAAGGAAGACACUGCAACCAGAUACCACUGCUGUUCCUGAGUGGUUUGCUGCGGGGGCUUUUGGAUUGGUCACGGUGUUCACCUUACUUUUGAGAAAUGUUCCUGCACUGCAGACAAAUGUAUUAUCAGUAUUUGACAAUGUUGAGUUGUUGACGAAUGGCCUUCCCGGAGCCCUUGUUACUGCACUUAUUCUAGGCACACAUGAAAUCAGUCAUAUUAUAGUUGCAAAAGAAGCUGGGAUUAAGCUGGGUGUGCCAUAUUUUGUCCCUAGUUGGCAGAUAGGCUCCUAUGGUUCUAUAACAAGGAUACUGAAUAUAGUUCGGAAGCGUGAGGAUCUCUUGAAAGUUGCAGCCGCUGGUCCUUUAGCCGGCUUUGCUUUGGGCUUCGCUCUUCUGCUUUUAGGAUUUAUUUUGCCUCCGGCUGAUCAGCUAGGCGUAGUCGUGGAUCCUUCUGUAUUUCAUGAAUCACUACUAGUUGGAGGAAUAGCUAAGCUCCUUCUUGGAGGUGUUCUGAAAGAAGGCACCCCUCUGUCAGUAAAUCCAGUUGUGAUAUGGGCAUGGGCUGGACUCUUGAUUAAUGCCAUUAACAGCAUUCCUGCUGGAGAGCUUGAUGGCGGCCGGAUUGCUUUCGCUCUCUGGGGAAGAAAGGCUUCAUCGCGCUUCACUGCAGCCUCCAUUGUGCUUCUUGGACUGUCUUCGUUGUUCAGCGACGUGGCGUUCUACUGGGUGGUGCUGAUAUUCUUCCUGCAGAGAGGGCCGAUCGCGCCUCUGUCGGAGGAGAUCACGGAGCCUGAGGACAAGUACAAAGCCCUGGGAAUUGGUGUAUUGGUGUUGGGACUGCUGCAGACAAGUUGCAUCAACGCUCUUUGAUAUCAUAGGAUUACUAAUUGGACUGCAGGAGGUUUUUUUGGCUCGAGCUGCUUCCUCGCACGUCUUCGAGCAGAUUCUUCAUUCUUGAUCUGAGCAAUCCCCAGAGGCGAUCUCUCCAGAAUUUGGUUGUGAGGAUCAAUCACGAUUUUCUGUAGAGCAACAGCAUUUUCGAGGAAGUACAUGGCAAGUUCAGCAUCACUCGUACGGCCAUAGUACCCCACAAUCUCUACCAAUGUCAGGUGCUCGUGGGCACAUUCGGGUGCUCGCCUCAUUUUUCUUCUUCUCUUGGAGGGUGACAUCCAUAUCAACUGCAGCCGCGAUAGGGGAAGACAUAAAACAUAAAAAUGAAAAUACAAGUUAGCAAGAACAUGGUUUCCAUGUUCCAAAUAGUUAAACAUAAGAAGCAUGGAUGUCUCAAAUUCGAAAGAUGUACAAGCAACUAAGAAUUUGCAGCAUUGAUCUCCUAGGACAAUGUAAAUCUACAUAAAUUUGAGGUCCGGACUACUAAAUUUUAUA